AUGAAGCAUGGCGUGUCGGCCUACCUCUGUGGGCACCUCCAUCAGGAGUUUAGCAGCCAGCUGUACAGGGUGCACGACGCUCCUGACAAGAAAUUCCUUGCGGAGCUGGAGGCCGGGGGCUGGAAAUUCGCGAGGCGAUUUCGUGUGGUGGCUGCCGACAAUGGGGCCCCGUCUUUUGCAGACCUGAGAUACAAGCCCACCCUCGACUCCGGGCAAGGGUUCCGCAUCGAGGCCCUGAGUGGCAGCAUAGGGAGAGACCACCAUGUUGUGGUCAUCACCAGUCCCAGCAGUGCGCAUUUCUCACCGCUGGGGUCCGGUGCGCCGGUCAGUGCGCCUGUGGAGGUCCAUGCCCUGGUCCUCCCCAUGGAUGUGCCCAGGUGGGGCAAUGAUUAUGACAAUGUGGACGUUGUUGCCCGCUGGACCUGCAGUGGGGGCGUCUUUUCCAAACACAGUAAAAAUGGACAGGGUAAGUGCCAAAAUGCCAUUGUACUCAGCUGA